AAUGACAGAAUUAUUAUUCCUCCAACAUUAAGAUCUGCGAUUUUGGAUGAUCUACAUUCUGCUCAUCUAGGAGCUGAUAAGAUGAAAUCAUUAGCACGCCUAACAUGCUGGUGGCCGGAAAUUGAUGCUGACAUUAACAAAAGAUCAAAGAGCUGUUCUAGCUGUUUACAUAAAAUGUCCUAUGGGAAGUCAUCGUGGACACCGUGGCCUGCAUCUUGUGAGGUUUGGCAGCGUAUUCAUGCAGAUUACUGUGGUCCAUUCUUAAAUUCAUAUUAUGCUUUAGUUAUUGUGGAUUCUUAUUCUAGAUGGCCAGAAGUCAUCAUUACAGAUAGUCCUAAUGCCAAAUUCACUCACAGAGCGUUGAGAAAGAUUUUUAGUCGAGAAGGAAUUCCAGAUGUCUUAGUUACUGACAAUGGUACUCAUUUUACGGAGAAGAACUUCAAUGAUUGGCUCAAACAUAUAGGUUGUCGUCAUUUGUACACAGCACCACGUCAUCCUCAGUCAAACGGGUUGGCAGAAAAUUUUGUACGAACAUUAAAGAGUGCUAUAGCAUCAAUGAGUCCUCAAAAUUUUGAUGAGCUAGAGAGAUGUGUGGAUAACUUCUUACUUCAAUAUCGCAAUGCGGAGCAUACAAGUACUCAUGAAAGUCCUGCAAAACUAUUCAAAUCUCGAAUUCUCAGAAAGCAUCUGAUGUCCACGACUUCUGAUGUACAUUAUUACAGAGGGAAUGAUUAUAGACCUUCUAUUGGUAUCAUACUACAAAGAAUGGGAAAUCGAAUGGUGAAGAUAUUAGACAUCGAAGAUAAUUCAGUUCAUAACAGACACUUGGAUCAAGUGAGAAUAAAUGAGGUAGGUCGUUCCGAUUAUGAUUAUAAUGACUCCGCUACUAAUCCUGACUUUGUAGAUAAUUCAGAAAUAAGUCUAGAUGAUACUGAUGGAAAUGAUAUCACAGAAUCAGUUAGAAGAUCGCAGAGACUGGCAAGCAAACCGCGAUAUCAUUAUAAAUACGCAAGGAGACAUUCAACGUGUGGCGGAUGUGGUGAUUGACUAUUUCUAUCUUUGUAUUGUUUAAAUACUUACUGUUGAUUGUUAAUAUUUCAUAUAUGAAUUGCAUAAGAAUUCCGCUAAAUACAAAUUCCUG